AUGCUGUGUAUGUCAAAGAUCUCGAUCUCCUGGGAUCAGUUUACUAUCCCUACUGCUGCUAGUUGGGUGGUAAAGUUUGUUUGCAAGGUGAAAAAUUAUUUCAGUGACCAGAUUGGUUACCAGUGGCUUCAGAGUGCCAAAUAUUCUAUAAAAGGGACAUACACACAGCUAAGAUGUUUGGGAACUAAGGUUCCUUGGCAAAAGUAUGUCUGGAACAGGUUGACUAUCCCAAAACAUAGAUUCAUUAUGUGGCUUGCUAUGCUGGAUAGAUUAAAAACAAAAGACAGAUUGUUCAAGGUGGGAAUCAGCACAGGUGACAGUUGUCCCAUCUGUGGUGCUCAGGUUGAAAAGGUGGAGCACCUGUUCUUUGAGUGUGAACUUAGCAGACAGUGCAAACUCCUGGUGUUCUCCUGGUUAGGGGUUCAGCUCAACAGGGUCACUGUGUUCAGUCUCCUUAUGGGGGUUCAGAAGUAUAGCAGGAGCAAGUAUAGGAGAUUUAUCAUUAUCACUGCAGUGGCUAGUCUAGUUUACAACAUUUGGAGGGCAAGGAAUGCUGCUAUUUGGUCCUUGCAUAUCCCUAUUGUGCAGUCAAUAGUCAAAACCAUUCAAGCAGAAGUGAAGGGUAGGGUGAUGAACUUGUUAAACAGCAAAACUAGUUCCAGGGACCUUGAUUGGUUCCAUAGUUUGUAA